GUCAGACAAGCUUGAGAGAUAGAACGUAACAGGACGAGUGAGCGCUGCAGCGCGAGACUACAUUGCACGGUACAGCAAUACCAAACGUAGACUAGGACCGAGGAAAAAUCAAUACGGAUGUCUUUCGACUGCAAAGGCAUGAACACUGGGGCAUAAAUAAAAGGGCUAUAUGCACAAGCAACGGAGGAAUGGGUGAUAUCGACAGUACAGUUGUAUUUGUACACGCAGGGAAGUGAACGUAAACUGGACUACAUCCGGCUGGGAAGGCUCACCUUACUCACACCUCUUUCGUUCCGUAACCAAAUUCAAGAUGAUAAAAGUGGCCCAUAGUUUUGGUUCAAAGUCACAGCGACCACAAUUUCUUAUUUCUUCAAACGACUUCUUCUGACGAACCCAAAGCACUACUAGUAAUGAGACAGGAUAACUCAGUUGUCCCGACUCCAUCAAAAACGGCUUCAUGUUUGAGAGACAACCCUUUUGCCUCCCAAAUGAUGCAUCUCCUCCGGGAAACCAUUUCCUCGUAUACGCAGGACCGGAAGGUAGCCAUGGAGAAUCAGAAACUGAUUCGCCGGAUUGGCAAGCGGGGUCGGGGCCGCUGCCAAUUCAACAACCCGUGUGGCAUAUGCGUCACAAAAUCAGGCGAUAUCGUCAUAGCUGAUACUGACAAUCACCGAAUACAGAUUUUCACAAGCGAAGGAAUCUUUAAAUCAAAUUUUGGGACGCGAGGAUGCAAGGUGGACCAGAUCAAUUUUCCUAUGUGUGUUGCCAUGACAACAGACGGACAUGUGGCCUUAACAGACAGUGUAAACGCAUGCGUGAAGAUAUUUUCUCUCCAGGGUCAGCUAGUGCAGAUGAUUGGGGACAACGAGAUUUUUGAUAUCCCGUAUGGCCUUGAUAUUUCUAAAGAUGGCGACCUAGCGGUCACAGACAUUUGUAAACAUUGUGUGACGGUAUUUCGAAAGGAUGGAUCCGUAAUUCAUGGGUUUGGAGAGUACGGUAGUGACCACUACGAGUUCGAUUAUCCGUACUUCGUGUGCUUCGACAAAGACAAACACAUUAUUGUAUCCGAUUCUGGGAACAGCUGCAUCAAAAUAUUCUCAUUCGAAGGACGAGGUUUGAGAACUUUCAAACAAAACGAUUUUAAACUAAUGAAUGAAAGUUUUGUGACCUUACAAGGGAUGUGUGUGGACGCGGAUGGAAACAUCCUUGUGAUAUGUAACUCGACUGUCUAUCUGCUGGCGCGGAAUGGCCGGCUCUGGGAGGUUCUCACAUCAAAGGACGGGCUGACAAACCCAAGGUGCUUGGCUUUUGCAGCACCUGGACGAUUAGUCCUGACAAACUAUGACACGGAUAAAAAACACGAGAUCUGUAUCUAUAAAUACCAUUAUGAUGAUUACAAGUCCGUUAACUCAGUGCAGUUCUAUGCAAUUAAUGUUUAAAGAAUAUUUUUUCUCAAUGUGUUAUUACCAUGGUUACGAGAGAGUGAGAGAGAGAGCCAGCGUGUUGGCGAAUGUCUUCCAAUGACACAAGGUACCACUAGCCCCUAAACCGGAAGUAUAUACUCAGACAGUAAUCCGAGGAAUGCUAUACAAUGGCAUUCAAACGUUUAGGACAUGCUAAUAAUAAUUAUAUUCUUAAUAUGAGCGUUUUAAUUGUUUUCGAACAAAACAGCAAUUUUGGGUAAUUAUGCUGAAUAAAACGGAGAUAGGUACAUUGUAAGAAACUAAGAAAAUAUUAUCAAUACAACAGCCAAAUCAUAUCACUAUAAGAAUAAUAUAUAUUCUGUGUGUCACGCUCUACUACUCAGAAAUAUGUACACAAGAGGGGACUAAGGGUAAUCUUCCGGUAUAUGGUCUAGUGAAAUCAACGUUGUUCGUGUUACCCCAAUUUAAAAAUGGACUCAACAACUCUACCGAUAAGACUAGUCCAUUUUUAUGACAUGGGGUUAGAAUGUCAAUCAAACAAAUCACAUUUGAUAAACUUGGACGUACUACACAUGUGCACGCGCUUUUGACCAGGACUGGUACACCGUGGCUUACUAUGCAUCCAGUGAUAUUGUGUACAGUGAUGUAGUUAGUAAUGUGCCCGUAGAUAGGUAGAUAGCUGUGGGUGCGAGUGUGUAAAGGUUUGGUAAGCAACUCUUUGCAAUAUGAAAUAAUCUAACAUAGGAUUAGACAUAGCUAUAACGUUAUAUUGUUGUCUAUGGAAUGUAUGGAAAUAGUCCUCAGCUACUGCGUCUGACAAAACCCUCAUUUUCUUUAAGCUUCAAACAAAACAUCGAACUCUUAUGUUGAUAGACUUUCAUUUUCGGUUCCUGCUACCGGUACCCUUUUCUCAUUCAGGAAUAUUAUUUAUCUAUCUAUUUAUCUAUCUAUCUAUUUAAUUAUCUAUCUAUUUAUUUAUCUAUCUAUUUAU